AUGUCUUCUGCUGUAGCAGAACUGGAUAAUUAUCUCCAGUCUAUGCUUGCUCUUAAGCCUCCUGGUGUUUCGGGCUCUAAAAUCAACAGUAUCACUUCACUUUGCACGGCAAACGUCCAGAACGAAUCCGUCCUCAUCCAAAAGAUCUAUACACACUUCAAAAAAGCACCAGGGACACACAAGUUGGGCGUACUCUAUGUCGUAGACUCUGUAACUCGACAGUGGGUAGAAGCAGCGCGCAAGGCAGGACAGCCACCUGGCAGCGCUGCUCCUGAUGGGACUUUUGCCGCCGGUGUUAACAGAGUGACCGAAUUAUUACCUGUCUUGAUGACUGAUAUCAUAAACAAUGCUCCUGAAGAUCAAAAGGAAAAAAUCAGGAAACUGGUUGAUAUUUGGGAGCGUGGGUACACUUUCCCUGCUCCCAUGCUUGCAUCAUUCAAGGAAAAACUAAAUGCGCCCUCAUCACACAAUGUUGAAUCUACCACACCUGAAGGGUCUCCAGCACCAAACUAUAUUCCGCUGGGAGGCCCCCAGCAGCAAGCGCCCAAUGGCGCCGCUUCAUCCACCCCUUCUCAGUCAACGCCAGAUACCUCCAGUAUACUGAAAGCCUUGGCGGAUAUGGCCAAACAAAACACUGCAGCACCGGCAGUGGCAGCGCAGACCAACCCCCUUAAUGCUUUAGGUCAGCAGAGUACAGCUCCACCAGUGUCAUCCGUAGACCACGUUUCACAGCCCGCCAGUGGGCAAAUUGGCGUAAAUCCUUAUGCUACUGGAGCUAUGGCAACGCCGUUCGCGGCUCUGGGUAGCGUUUCUCAAAAUCCAACACUGAUUCAACCGCAGAGCCAAAGUCAGACCCCCAAUCCAUUAACUGCUGCCCAAAAUCCAUUGGCAGCGCUACUGCCUCAGGCGACUGCAGCUCAGCCAACAGCACCGGACGCUCUGCAGCAACAGCUCCAGCUGUUGCAGCUGUUAGCUGCGCAGGGAAUACCACAGGACCAGUGGGCUACGGCUCUGCAGAUCCUUAGCUUGUCUAAUGCCACCAACAUGGGCAACGUCAAUGCCGGGCAGGCGCCGGGCUUUAAUCUCCCGAGUCAGAAUGUCAACGCUUGGGGCGCACGUACAGACCACCAAUCACGUGAUUUUGACAGGGAAAGAGACCGCGAAUACCUGCGUUCCCCGCCGAGCCAGUAUCGUCGUCGUUCUCGCUCCCCUGGCUGGGACCGUCGUCGCGACGCAUCUCCCCCUCGCCGACGCGAUAGCCCGGUCUAUGAAGAGUACCAUGGCGACUCGCCAGGCCGCCGAGGCGGAGAUCCGCGUAGUCGUCGAGGUAAUGACUACCGUCAACGCAGCCCUCCCGGACGCAGACGCCGCUCUCCUUCCCCUCGCAAGGACCCGGCCUUGCCUCCCCCGGGCCCCAAAUUCAUAGAGUGGGAUUACUCUAUUGGCCAAGGCAACAUUAAAGUUUUGAGUAGAACCCUUUUCGUUGGCGGCGUCACCUCCUCUGAGGCCCAUCUACGCUCGCUCUUCGGCAAGUAUGGCAUCGUCCAAACUUGUAUUGUCAAUAUCGACAAACGCCACGCGUUCAUAAAAAUGAUUAGCCGCCAGGAUGCUAUCAAUGCUCGUGAAGGAAUGGAGUCGUACAAAUCCGGCGAUAUGCAGCUUAGGACUCGAUGGGGCGUGGGUUUUGGUCCACGUGAUUGCAGCGACUAUCAGACGGGUAUCAGUAUAAUACCGGUCGAAAGGCUCACAGAGGCAGACAGAAAGUGGAUGCUUACUGCUGAAUAUGGUGGAACUGGUGGUAGGCAGAUAGAAUCUGGCAUGAUUGUGGAAGAGCCGGAUAUCGAGAUCGGCGCCGGAGUUUCGUCAAAAGCCAUCAGUAGACGCAUUGCAACUGAUACUGGGGGGAAACGUGGCCCUGUGUCAACCCGUUCUCAGCAAGAACGUAGCCGUCGCCCUGACCGUGACCCCCCAGCGAGUAUGGGCAGUACUACCGGUCAGGCUGACCACGAUGUGGCCGGUGCGAACAAUGUUGGCGUUCCUCCUGCAGUACCAGGCUUUGGCUUUUCGUUCCCCGGAAUGCCCAUGUUUCCUCCUGGUUUCAUGAUGGGAGGAGCUCAGGCUGGUUCCAGUGGCUCAGCCCAGCCACCUCCUCCUGGCCAGGGAGGUAACUGA